AUGGCGCGUCUCCAAGACUCGUCAGACGACGCAGACGACUUUGCCCCCGCCAAGAAGGCUCCCGCCGCCGCAAAGCCCAAGGCGGCGCCCAAGGCCAAGGCCGCGUCGACGAGCACGGCCGCCAAGGGCAAGAAGAAGGCGGCACCGCUCGAGGAGAUUGACGCCAACGAGCGCGACGCGACCGACGACGAGGACGACACGCCUCCUCCGCAGAAGAAGACGGCCGCCAAGGGCAAGGGCAAGUCGGCGAGCGAGACCUACGUCAAGCUCACUCAACUCGAGCAUGUCCUCCUUCGUCCCGACACGUACAUUGGCAGCAUCGAGCCCAUCACGCAGCCCAUGUGGGUCUACGAGCGCGAGCGCGACAAGAUGGUCUUCCGCAACACGACGUUCGUGCCGGGCUUCUACAAGAUCUUUGACGAGAUCCUGGUCAACGCGGCCGACAACAAGGUGCGCGACCCGUCGAUGAGCGAGAUCCGGGUCAACAUCGACGUCGAGGCGCACACGAUCUCGGUCAAGAACGACGGGCGCGGCAUCCCGAUCGAGAUCCACUCGAAGGAGGGCAUCUGGGUCCCCGAGCUCAUCUUCGGCAACCUGUUGACGUCGAGCAACUACGACGACGACGAGGAGAAGACGACCGGCGGCCGCAACGGCUACGGCGCCAAGCUCGCCAACAUAUACUCGCAGCAGUUUGUCGUCGAGACGGUCAGCAAGGAGAAAAAGUACCGCCAGGUGUUCGAGAACAACAUGAGCGUCAAGGGCAAGCCCAAGGUGACCGACAACAAGCGCGGCGAGAAGGAGUACACCCUCAUCGAGUUCAAGCCCGACCUCGCGCGCUUCAGCAUGGCCGACGCCGGCUUUGACGACGACAUCCUCGCCCUCCUCCACAAGCGCGUGUGGGACAUGGCCGGCAUCCUGAAAAAGGUCAAGGUCUACCUCGACGGCAAGCUCCUGCGCUGCAAGGACUUCAAGACGUACGUCGACAAGUUCAUCUCGGGCGUCAACGAGGUCGCGGCCGGCGGCGCGGGCGGCAAGAAGAAGGCGGGCGCCAAGAAGGACGACAACGCCGUGUCGACGGCCGCCCAGGCCCUCCUCGACGACGACGACCUCGUCGUCGGCUCGACCGAGCCCGCCAAGCCGACCGUCGUGUACGAGACGUACGGCGACCGGUGGGAGAUCGCGUUCGCCGUGUCGGACGGCCAGUUCAGCCAGGUGUCGUACUGCAACGGCAUCGCGACGACCAAGGGCGGCACGCACAUCGUGCACGGCCUCGUCGACCUCGUCAAGAAGAAGAACAAGGCCGUCGCUGUCAAGCCGUUCCAGAUCAAGAGCCACCUGACCGUGUUCGUCAACUGCCUCGUCAACAACCCGAGCUUUGACUCGCAGACCAAGGAGAACAUGACGCUGUCGGCCAAAAAGUUCGGGAGCAAGUGCGAGUUGUCCGAGGACUUUCUCAAGAAGGUCGCCAAGUCUGGCGUCAUCGACAACGUCCUCAACUGGGCCAAGUUCAAGCAGGACCAGAUGCUGAAGAAGACGGACGGGUCCAAGCGCUCUCGCAUCACGGGCCUCGUCAAGCUCGAGGACGCCAACAACGCCGGGACCCGCAACGGCUCCAAGUGCACGCUCAUCCUCACCGAGGGCGACUCGGCCAAGGCGCUCGCCGUGUCGGGCCUCGCCGUCGUCGGGCGCGACAACUACGGCGUGUUCCCGCUGCGCGGCAAGCUGCUCAACGUGCGCGAGGCGAGCGGCAAGGCGCUCCUCGACAACGCCGAGAUCCAGGCCAUCAAGCAGAUCAUGGGCCUCCAGCAGGGCAAGACGUACGCCUCGAUCGACUCGCUCCGCUACGGCAGCCUCAUGAUCAUGGCCGACCAGGACCACGACGGGUCACACAUCAAGGGCCUCCUCAUAAACUUUCUCGACUACUGGUUCCCGUCGCUCCUCAAGCUCCCAAACUUCCUCGUCGAGUUCAUCACGCCCAUCGUCAAGGUGACCAAGGCCAAGAAAGAGCCCGGCACGUACAUGGACCACAACGUCGACGAGGUGCCGAUCAGCGACUUUAUCAACAAGGAGCUCAUCCUCUUCUCGAUGGCCGACAACGUGCGCUCGAUCCCCUCGGUCGUCGACGGCUUCAAGCCCGGCCAGCGCAAGGUCCUGUUCGCGUGCUUCAAGCGCAAGCUCAAGAACGAGAUCAAGGUCGGCCAGCUGUCGGGCUACGUGUCGGAGCACUCGGCGUACCACCACGGCGACGUGUCGCUGCAGGGCACCAUCAUCGGCCUCGCGCAGGACUUUGUCGGGAGCAACAACCUCAACAUGCUCGACCCGAACGGCCAGUUCGGCACGCGGCUCCAGGGCGGCAAGGACGCGGCGAGCGCGAGGUACAUCUUUACCAACGUCGCCCAGGUCACGCGCACCAUCUUCCACCCGGCCGACGACGCAAUCCUCGACUACCUCCACGACGACGGCCAGAGCAUCGAGCCGAGCUGGUACAUCCCUGUCCUCCCGAUGGUCCUCGUCAAUGGCUCGGACGGCAUCGGUACCGGCUGGAGCUCGUACAUCCCCAACUUCAACCCGGCCGACAUCGUCGCCAACCUGCGCCGCAAGCUCGACGGCGACGAGAUGGAGCCCAUGCACCCGUGGUACCGCGGCUUCACCGGCACGAUCGAGAAGGGCGACAAGGAGGGCUACAAGUGCAGCGGCAUCAUCGAGCGCACCGACGACAACACGGUCGAGAUCACCGAGCUCCCGAUCCGCACGUGGACCCAGAGCUACAAGGAGAUGCUCGAGGGCUGGGUCGCCGGCACCGACAAGCAGGCGGCGUGGGUCAAGGACUACAAGGAGUACCACACCGAGCGCAACGUCCACUUCAUCGUGACGCUCACGGCCGAGGGCAAGAAGGCGGUCGACGCCGACGGCCUCGAGAAGGUGUUCAAGAUCGUGUCCAAGGUCAACACGUCCAACAUGGUAUGCUUCGACCCGCAGGGCAAGAUCAAGAAGUACGCGUCGGCCGAGGACAUCGUCAGCGACUUUUACGACGUGCGCCUCGACUACUACCACAAGCGCAAGAAGCACCUUGUUGGCGAGCUCGAGCUCGUCCACGAGCGCCUCAGCAACCAGGCGCGCUUCAUCCAGCUCAUCAUCUCGCGCGAGCUCGUCGUGUCGAACCGCAAGCGCGCCGACGUCGUCGCCGAGCUGCGCAAGCGCAACUUCCGCCCGUUCCCCAAGGUCGCCAAGGCGCACGUCGCGGGCGACGUCGAUGAGGCCGAGCAGCUCGGCGACGAGGAGGACGCCGACGCGCAGCCGGGCGCCGACUCGGACUACGAAUACCUCAUGAGCAUGGCCAUCUACAGCCUCACGGCCGAGAAGGUCGCCAAGCUGCUCGAGGAGCGCGACGCGCGCCAGGCCGAGCUCGAGGCGCUCCUGCAGCGCACCGUCCAGGACCUGUGGCGCGCCGACCUCGACGCCUUCAUGGACAAGUGGGAGGACCUCCUCGCCAACGACCUCGUCAACAAGGCGCGCUCGAAGUCGAAGUCGAAGAACCCGGGCAAGGGCAAGAAGCGUGCGGCCGCCUCGGACGACGACGACGACGAGUUCGAGGUCAAGCCCAAGAAGAAGGCGCCCGUCGCCGCCAAGAAGGCCAAAGCGCCCGUCACGCUCCCCGACACGGACGACGAGGUCGAGGUCCCCGCCAAGAAGCCGCCCGCGAAGCGCGCCAAAGCCGCUGUCGCCCUGCCCGAGACCGACGACGAGGACGAGAUGAUGGCUGCCCCGGCUGCUGCGUCCAAGGCCAAGGCCGUCCCCAAGCCUGCGGCGACCAAGGCCAAGAAGGCGCCCGCCAAGCGUGCGAGCGUCGACCUCGACCUGUCGGACGACGACGCGAGCUCGCCGCCGGCCAAGAAGGCGGCGACCGGCGCGGCUCGCAAUCCCGCCGUCAAGGUGCGCCCCGGCUCGCUCUCGCGGAAGGGGUAUCUGUCUCCUGACAUCCUGAACCUGCAGAAGAAGGCGACGCCCGCGCUCGACGUCGACGAGGACGACGACGACAUCUACUCGCUCCCCGUCAAGAAGCCCACCGCGCACUCACCCAAGGCCAAGAAGACGACGGCCAAGAAGCAGGUCGUCGCGCUUGACGACUCGGACGACGAGCCGAUCCCGGCGCCCAAGAAGAAGGCUGCUCCGGCGAAGGCCAAGCCUGCUCCCAAGAAGGCCGUCGUCGAGUCGGACGACGAGGUGAGCGACGUGGCGCCGGCGCCCAAGGCCCGCGCCGCCCGCACCGCCCGCGCUCCGGCCAAGUCGUACAAGCUCGAGCUCCCGUCCGACGUCGAGGACGACUCGUUCAUGCGAGCUCACCAGCUCGUCAGCGACGAUGCUCACGAGUCGCGCGGGCUCGCCUACCCGUCUACGCUCCUCCUCGCCGACCACGAGCGCGCCGCGACCUCGACACGCUCCGACUACGAGCUCGCGUCCUACCCGACCAACAAGGGCAAGGCGCGCAUGUACGAGGACGACGACGACGAUGUCGAGGGCCUCGAUGGAUACGCUCGAGCGUCUGGGGCAUGGGCGAGGGAGGCGGGCGACGACGACGGCGGCACUCCGGGCGGGACGAGGCGGCACAGCUACGCGCACGCCGAGGCGGGGCGCAGGCGGGCGAGCAGGGUCCCGUACGCGCAGGUAGAGGAGACGCCCGACGAGCGGCGGCUGCGCAUCCUGUGGUGGAGGAGCGCCGCCAUCAACGUCCUCUUCAUCCUGGCUUGGUACUGUUUCUCGACCCUUAUCUCGCUGUACAACAAGUGGAUGUUCUCCGCCGACCACUACAACUUCCCCUACCCUCUCUUCGUCACCUCGGUUCACAUGCUCGUCCAGUGGUGCCUGUCAGCCCUCACCCUCAGCAUCUUUCGCAACCUGCGCCCUCAGACCAAGCCCCAGCCGCGAGACUACGCGACCAAGGUGGCGCCGUGCGGCAUGGCGACCGGCCUCGACAUCGGCCUGUCGAACCUCAGCCUGCGCACCAUCACGCUCUCGUUCUACACCAUGUGCAAGUCGUCGUCGCUCGCCUUCGUCCUCAUCUUCGCCUUCCUGUUCCGCCUCGAGGUCCCGUCGUGGCGGCUUGUCGGCAUUAUCCUCAUCAUCACGUCGGGCGUCGUCCUCAUGGUGUCGACCGAGACGCAGUUCGACGCCGUCGGCAUGAUGCAGGUCCUCACGGCGUCGGCGCUCGGCGGCCUGCGGUGGUCGCUCACCCAGCUCCUGCUCCACAAGGAGUCGAUGGGCAUGAACAACCCGAUCGCGACCCUGUUCUGGCUCGCGCCCAUCAUGGGCGUCACGCUCGCGACGUGCAGCCUCGUGUUUGACGGGUGGGGCAACGUGUUCUCGCACGACGAGUUCUGGGGCUCGCUCGGCGCGACGAUGCAGACCGUGUGCGCCAUCGUGUUCCCGGGCGUGCUCGCCUUCAUGAUGAACAUCACCGAGUUUGGACUCAUCCAGCGCACGUCGGUCGUCACGCUCUCGGUCGCGGGCAUCUUCAAGGAGGUCAUCACUAUCUUUCUCUCGACCGUCCUCUUCCACGACCAGCUCACGCCCAUCAACAUCUCGGGCCUGUGCGUCACCAUCUUUGGUAUCGCCCUGUACAACUACCUCAAGUACCGCCAGUUUACGCACGCGACGCACGCUGCGGCGCUCGCUGCCCGCCAGCACGACGGCGCGCCCGACUCGGACGGGCGCGAGACGGGCGACGAGGCGUACCGCUCGGCGGGCGAGGCCGGCGACGAGGGCGCGCCCAUGCUGCCUGUCUCGCACGCGCACGCGCACGCGCGGCAUGGAUCGCUCGGCGGCGGCGGUGGAGCCAAGGCGGCGCCGCACCACGAACUCGGCUCGGGCUCGGGCUCGGACAACGACGAGCGCUCGUCGCGCGAGGGACGGCGACGCGCCGCGAGCGGCGACUCGACGUCGUCCUUUGCGGACCUCGACGCGCAAGCCGCGAGCCUCCUCGACGAGUUUGACGCGUCGGCGGCCGAGGCGCACAGCCUGACGCGCCUGAGCGAGCGGGACAAGGCGCGGCAGCACGACGGGGACCGGAUCGAGGGCCUCGAGGGCCUGGUCGCCGGUGACGAGCGGGUCGAGCGCGAGAGGAGGGAGCUCGAGGGGGCCUGUCCUCAUCAGUACAGGCUCGUCGUCGUCGAGAGCGUGAACCGAGAGAUAGGAAGGAACAAGCCGACGCACGAGCUCGUUGGUCGGGUCACCGUACACGACCUUGUUGCUGGGCGGCACCUCCCACGCGAGAGCCCGGCUCCACACCUCGCGCAUGCGCCGCUCAGCCUCCUCGUCGCCCUCUCCCUCACCGCGCACGAUCUCGAGCCGGUCCUCCUCCUCCUCGCCUCCCUCUCCACCAACCUCGACGAGGGCCGCAGCAGCGAACGGCGACGUCCAGGCGUCGCAGAGGGCGCGCCUCGCCCUGGGCGAUACGCGCGGCGCGUGCUGCGCCGAGGCGGCGCCCGACAGGUUGUAGCACGUGUGCUCGCGCUCCUCGACACCGUCGUCGUCGUCGCCCUCGCCCUCGCCCUCGGACAAGAGGCUCUCGACGAUGGGCAACAGGCCGCCGCCCCACCACGAGUAGCACCCGUCGACGAGCUUGUUGGUCCUGCCGCGGAACCCGCCGCCCUCGAUCGGCAUGGCCUGCAGGCUCGCGCUCCACCGCAGGAGCGCGCGCACGUCAAGCUCUCGCUGCGGCCGCCGGGGCGACGAGGCCGAGAGUGGCGGGACGAACGCGGGCGAGAGAGGGUCCGACAGGGCGCGCAGCAUAGCCCACGACGCGGCAGCGCAAAAGGCGUACCCGCCGUGCGCCUCACCGAGCGGCGCGGCGGCGUGCGCGUCGCCGUGCGCGAACGGCGGUACAUGCCGCGUCUGCGGGCGUCGACAGUGUCAGGGACGAGUUUGGGAAGGAGGAAAGGAGAGAGAGAGAGAGGUCGGCGCCAAGUGGCUCAGCUGUCCGGGCCCGCCGCCGAACCCGCCGUCGGGGUUCUGGCACCGGUUGAGCGUGUCGACGACGCGGCGCUGAGCGUCCGGGUCGAGCUCGCCGUCGAGGAGGGCGAGCGAGUGGAUGGACCAGUACAGGAUCCAGGGUCGCGAGGCGUCGAGGCCGACGAAGUGCUUGGGCAAGGGCGAGGUGAGGAGCUUUGUGAGGUAGCGCGAGUGCGAGUCGCGGUGGAUCGCGGGCGGGGCGGUCGCGGCGAGGUGGUCGGUGAGGAGGUGCGAGAUGGACUGCUCGGCUUCGUGUUGGAGGCGAAGCGUGUCAGACGAGGGGACGCCAUCCGAGGGAGUCGAGAUCCACGGUGCGGUGAGGACUGUGGGAGGGUCGAGGAGAGCGAGGGACGUCGACAAAGGCUUGAGCUCCACCCUCUCCUCGAGUGCAACACGUGCUACCCCGAGCAGCCUGCUACAUCACCCACAAGCACCGGCAGCACCAGCCCCGAGACCCAGCGACAGCCCCGACCUCACCCCGACUGGCCCUCGUCCUCAUCGCGGGCCACCAACCACCCACCUCCCCCUCGACCCACCACGUCCCCUGCGCCCUUGAGCACACUCGCACCGAUAUCCAGCACCAUCUCCCACCUCGACCAGCCCCAGUGCGCCAACCGCAUCGAGUCGCCGACCUCGCCCCUCUCGCUCGUCCCCACCUCCGCCUCGCCCACUCGCCCUCGACCGCGCCCCUACCACCUCCGGACCGCGCGACUCGGGCACCUCGACAAGGCGCACGUCAAGCUCUUCCGCAGUCGCAAGCACAAGUCGUCAGCUGCACAGAUCAUGCUGCACUCGCCUCGACCGGUCGAGUUCGGCGCCGUCGCAGUCGUCUCGACCCGUGACCUUGGCUCGGACCUCGACCCGCCGACCUCGCCGACGCCCCGACGACCCUCGACGCGCACCUGUACGGCCUGUACCGCCAACGCGCUCGAUGUUCGGCCUCAUUCCCGUGGAACCAGAUGCUCGUCAACGAGGUCAACGUCUCGGCGCUCAAUGCUCGUCGCCGUGUCGGUCGCCGUCCUCUUCUCGACCCGUGCAUCCACAUUCGACCGCCGACUCGGCUCGUCGACCUCGCCCGUCGACCUGCGCCUCGUCGACCUGCACCUCGCCGAGUCGAUCAAGGACGACGCGCUCGUCUCGUGGGGCUCGAGCAGCUGCAUCGUGCGCGUCAGGGCCCUCUCGAGCUCACUAGGGCCUCGGCGCUCAAGCUCGCUGUUCUCGCGCUCGCCGCAUCGUCGCUCGACCUCGUCCAACGACGCUCGCCAACGCUCGCCGACGCCCGACGACCCUCGACGUGCACCUGUACCGCCGACGCGCUCGAUGUUCGGCCUCGUUCCCGUGGGAGCAGAUGCUCGUCAACGAGGUCAACGUCUCGGCGCUCAAGCUCGUCGCCGUGUCGGUCGCCGUCCUCUUCUCGAACCGUGCAUCCUCGUCCGACCGCCGACUCGACCGCCGACCUCGCCCGUCGACUUGCGCCUCGUCGACCUGCGCCUCUCCGACCUGUGCCUCGCCGACCUUCACCUCGCCGAGUCGGUCACGGACGACCCGCUCGUCUCGCCGAGCUCGAGCAGCUGCAUCGUGCGCGUCAGACGCUCGUCAACAAUAUUAAUGUCCCGGCGCUCAAAGCUCGUCGCCGUGUCGGCCGCCGUCCUCUUCUCGACCCGUGCAUCCUCGUUCGACCGCCGACUCGCCUCGUCGACCCCGCCCAUCGACCUGCGCCUCGCCGACCUGUUCCUCGCCCAGUCGGUUCCGGACGAUGCGCUCGUCGGGCUCGAGCAGCUGUGUCCUGCGCGUCAGGGUCCUUUCGAGCUCACUCGGGCCUCGGCGCUCAAGCUCGCCAUCCUCGCGCUCGCCAUGGCGUCGCUCGACCUCGUCCACCGACCGCGCCGACGCUCGCCCACGCCCGACGGCCCUCGACGUGCACCUGUACGGCCUCUGCCGCCAAUGCGCACGAUGUUCGGCUUCGUCUUCGUGGGACCAGACCCUCAUCGACGAGGCGCAGCCUAUGGCGCUCAAGCUCGUCGCCGUGUCGGUCGCCGUCCUCUUCUCGACCUGUGCAUCCUCGUUCGACCGCCGACUCGACCGCCGACCUCGCUCGUCGACCUGCGCCUCGCCGACCUGCGCCUCGUCGAGUCGGUCCCGGACGACCCGCUCAUCUCAUCGGGCUCGAACAGCUGCUACAUGCUCGACAACGAGGUCAACGUCUCGGCGCUCAAGCUCGUCGCCGUUGCAGCCGCCCCCUUCCUGUCGACCUUGACCUUGUCCGCCAUUCUCCACCUCGAACGACCGCACUCGUGCUGCGCCACCAACGCUCAGAUCGCCAGCAGCGCCGCAGACCGAUUCUGCGGCUUCGCCCGGAAGCUGGCUCUUCCGAGCGGCGCACUGGGCCUUGGGCGCAGCGUCACGUCGAGGUCGUCGACCAGCUCGCCCUCCUGCGGCUGCGCGCGCCUCGCUCUUUGCUCGAGCGGCGCCUCGCCGACCUCGCUCUCGCUCUCAGCUGGACCCUCCUCCUUGAGCGCCGUCCUCACCCUCGAGCUCUUUGGGCCGGCUGUGUCAAGCACAGCUUGCGUGAUACCGCCUGUGAGACGAAUGGGCCGUACUGAGAGUGCGACGCGUGCUGUGCGGCACGAGCGGGCCGUACGGAAGACGAGGUCGCUCGAGGACGAGGAGGGAGGUCGAGGGCUAGCGGCGGGCAGGAGGAAGGGAGGCACGAGCGUGAGGCCGCAAGCGCAGAGGCGUUGGGCCUCUGACCAAGCUUGA